AUGCCAAUUCUGAAAUCCACUCAACUCACUAUAACCAAAUCACAUCAGCCCAAGCUACACUCAAACAGCAAAAGACUGAGGCUAAAGCGUCGAUCGUCCUCGGAAUCAAUUCGCGCUGAUUUAGACGUAGAUUUGGACUUUGGGAGGCUAGUUAAAACACCUAAGGUUGAUCAUGAUGGCGUUGAUCCCUUCAUCGAUAUCACUCGCUUACGUAUCCCUUCAACUCCUUUGGGCUGUCUUUCCCCAGGCGCUUCCUUCAAGGGUAUUCAGCGUUCCGGCUGGCAAAGAUACAACGUAAAGGUGGAUAUACAGGACGUUAGCAUCACCAACUCUCAAGCUUCUGGCUACCUCUCUAUAGACGGCCUUACUAGAAAUCAGCCGACGAUUACAACCUUCUUUACGGCUGAAAUUAUAGGCAAUAAAUACGGUUUCAGGACAAACAAGUACGAUGCGUCUGCAUCUGAUGAUCUAAAGCAUUGGUCCAAAUUCGACGCCUUCAAGCGCAUCACCAAGAAAGAUGACAACAGAAUGACUUAUGAUCUCCUCAAAGAUUUCACCCACACUAGAGCAAUAUUCAUGAGAUGGAAGGAGCACUUUUGUGUUCCUGACUCAGGUAUUAAAGACAUACCAGGUGCGAGCUUUGAUGGUUUCUACUACGUAUGCAUCGAUCUAGACUGCCCUCCAUCCUCUUUAUCUGGUAGACAUCCAUCAGUACCUGGAUCAGGACCGCACUUAUCAGGUUAUUACUUCCAUCCACAUUCCGAACCUUACCAGGAACUCAAUCUACGUGAACUGCCCAAGACCACUUGUGACACGUUUGAAUUUCGCUAG